GCGCCCGCGGGAUGUCGUCCCCGGGCCUGGAGGCGGUUUUCCGUUGCUCCGCGGGCCCGUCCCGCCCUCACGAGGCCCUGCUGCUGUUCGCCCACUGGGAGCUCGUCACCCACCGCUACCGCUGCCUCGGCCACAAACAACAGGAGGGCAUGGAGGAGGAGGAGGAGGAGGAAGAGGAGGAGGAAUCGGAGCUGCUUCCCGCCGGCUGGAACGCCGACCCGGAUCUCGUCACCCUACGCUACCGCCGGGCCGCGGACCACCGUGACCCCGCCAACGCCGUCGCCCCGCAACAGCUGCUCCUCAAGGCCAUCCCCAUCGACGGCUCCCUCAUCCUCAACGCCAUAGAGUUUAACUCCCAGCGUGUGGUGAGCCUGACCGUCAAUGUGGCCGAUUACAUCGAUGGGGACCACCUGAACGAUUUCCACAGGGUCUACAAGGACAGCGAGGGGCUCCGGACCCUGAUCGCCUCCGCCAUCGUGAGCCCCCUGCUCCGCCCCUGGAGCAAGGCCGGCGAGGAGCGGCCCCCGCCCGGAGACCCCAACCCCCUGCACGUGCGGCCCCCGCUCCCGGACGCCGGCAGGCAGUUCCCGUGGCCCAGCCCGGUGGAUCCUUUCGCCGUCGGGAGAACCGACCUGGACCCCUUCGGCGGAGGUCACUUGGGCGGGAUGAUCGUGGACCCCCUGCGGUCCGGCCACCCGAGGCCCUUCUUCGACCCCUCCGCCGGCCUCCCCAGCCGCCUCCCGCCAGGCGCCGUCCCCCCGGGAGCCCGCUUCGACCCGUUCGGGCCCAGCGGAACCGGCGCUUCGGGGCCGACCCCCGACCACCUGCCGCCCCCGGGCUUCGACAACAUGUUCCUGUGAAGACCGGCUCUCCCGCCCUCGGCCAACCAAGGCAACCGCCACCUUGGGCCGGGGGCACCGGGCAGGGGACGGGGCCGGGUGGAGGGGACCGUGGCGGUUCUCCCCCCACCCGACCCCCUCACCGCCGUGAGGACGCAGAAGAUUUCGGGUGUUUGGACGGAGGAGAAGGCGCGGACACCCCAAUACAAGCGGACGUUGCCGGCCA